UGAUGAAUACCCAAAAAUCUGGUAUUUUAAAAGCAUCCAAAAAAGAUAUCCAGACUUCAUAAAGAUGUGAUAAAUUUAAGAACAUUAUUGCUCAAGGAUCAAAAAAACAUAGAAUUGCAUUCAUAGAUGAGAUAGACAAAUAAUAAUCUCUAAUCUAAGUGUAUGAGGUAGAGAACUGGAAAAUAUAUAAUGUUGAGGAACCUUUAUAAGAUGCUAAAUAAUCAUGCGGAUGUAUCAUCAUUUGA